CCCCGGGAACCCCGGGCACGCCGCGCUCCCCGCAGCCCCCUCCCGCCGAGCGACCCCUCGCGCCGCUGCCGCGCGGCCGCUGCCAGCCCGCUGUGGGGGUGUGUGUGUCGGGGGGGGGGGGGGGGUAGAGCCGCGGCCCUGCCCCGCUGCAGCCGUUAGCCCACGUGACGCCGGGCGGCUGGCGCGCGGCGGACGCGCUGCAGGGAGGAAGGGAUUAUGGCACAGGCUCAAGGUUUGGGGAAGAAAUACAUUAAAGCCUUUUUUAAAGGUUUCUUUGUUGCUGUUCCCGUAACGGUGACUUUCCUGGAUAGAGUCGCCUGUGUAGCAAGGGUGGAAGGAGCAUCAAUGCAGCCUUCUUUGAAUCCUGGGGGAAGACAAGAUUCUGAUGUAGUGCUCUUAAACCACUGGAGCAUUCGAAAUUAUGAUGUGCAACGUGGUGACAUUGUGUCAUUGGUAACCAUCGGAUACAAAAAGAAGUAUGUGAAAGUUCCACACGGGCAUAUUUGGGUGGAAGGUGAUCACCAUGGACACAGCUUUGACAGCAAUGCUUUUGGGCCAGUUUCUCUUGGACUUCUACAUGCUCGAGCUACUCAUAUCCUCUGGCCUCCAAAACGCUGGCAGAAGUUACAACCAAUGCUACCUCCGGAGCGCAAACCACUCCAGAGAGAGCAAGAGUGAUCUAAAUGUUCAGAUGGAAAAACACUGAAGUGAAGUUUAACCAGGAAGAGUUGCAGUGUUAUGCCAUCAGCAAGUGCUGUGCCAAGUGUGCUUUAACAUCAGGUACCAUAUCAGCAAAUACAUGCAACACCUUCGUGUUAAAAUGCAACCUUGAGUGUAAACGUUUUUUGGCUUUUUGUUUGUUUUGUUGUUUGGUGUUUUUUUUUAAUCUCAAACAGGAGUGCAUUGUGCAUUAUUUUGGUUUGAAAUAAUUGGUUGUAGAGAGUUUGAAUGUUUAAUUUUUCUGGUAGCAGUAAAAUGCUUGACUUGUUAUGUCUGUACCUGUGCUUCCCUGGAUAAGAAAUUAUUAAAGCCUUCAAUAAAAUAUUUUAAUCUUUUA